CUCCUCCUCCUCCUCCUUCUCCUCCUCCUCUUCUUCUUUUCUUCCCUUUGCAAUUCUCUCCCUCGGCUCGAGCUCGGGCAUGACUAGCAAAAUCCCCGUCGUUUGACCCCAGGUGCGAUGUCUUCCCAGACCACGCCUCCUGUGCCAUCCGAGGCCUCUGCUGGCUCCUCAGCUGCAGAGCGAGAGGCUGUCAGCACAAUAAACAACAAACCAGCUGAAGACCCUGAACCUGCGAGCCGCUCCAGCCCUGCAAAGGAGAAAACAGACAGCUCCGAUAUCACCUACGCUGAUUCGGAGAAUGAAAUUGACCAAGAAGGCCAGCAGAAAAUCACUGCGUUGGCCCGGAGUCUUUCGCGCAUCUCCCAGAAGAGUGGCCUCGUCGAGAGUACCAACACUUUCCUCAACCCCACAAGUGACCCGGAGCUCGAUCCUGAUUCCGAUCAGUUCAGUGCACGCAAAUGGACCAAGAACUUUCUCUCCAUCGCCUCCCGCGAUCCGGAACGUUACCCUCGUCGCACCGCCGGCGUGGCCUUUCGUAAUCUAAACGCCUUUGGUUAUGGAACGGCUGCGGACUACCAGGCCGACGUCGCAAAUAUGUGGCUCAAAGGAUAUGGCUGGAUUCGCAGACAACUUGGGUUUGGGAACAGAGUCCGAAUCGAUAUCUUGCGCGAUUUCGAAGGCUAUGUGAGAAGUAGUGAGAUGUUGGUCGUUCUUGGUCGACCUGGAAGUGGCUGCUCAACCUUCCUCAAAACAAUCGCCGGUGAGACGCACGGUUUGUGGUUAGACCAGGGAACCGACAUUCAAUACCAAGGAAUUUCCUGGGACGAAAUGCACAGCCGUUUCCGCGGCGAGGUUAUCUACCAAGCUGAAACGGAGAUUCAUUUCCCACAGCUGACCGCAGGCGAAACACUGCUCUUCGCAGCCCAUGCCCGCGCCCCAGCCAACCGAUUCCCUGGCGUAACUCGAGAUCAGUAUGCCAAACACAUGCGCGAUGUAGUCAUGGCAAUGUUAGGUCUCAGUCACACCAUGAACACGCCCGUGGGGAAUGAAUUCAUUCGUGGGGUUUCUGGCGGAGAGAGAAAACGGGUCAGUAUCGCGGAAACAACUCUAUGUGGUAGUCCUCUGCAAUGUUGGGACAAUAGCACCCGUGGUCUCGACAGCUCGACGGCCCUUGAAUUCGUUCGCAACCUGCGCCUGUCGACCGAAUACACGGGUUCCACCGCUAUCGUCGCUAUUUACCAAGCAAGUCAGGCCAUCUAUGACGUUUUCGACAAGGCCAUCGUCUUGUAUGAAGGUCGCCAGAUCUACUUCGGCAGCGCCCCCGAUGCGAGACGUUUUUUCAUUGAGAUGGGCUUUGACUGUCCCGACAGACAGACUACUGCCGAUUUCCUGACCUCUCUGACUAGUCCGACGGAGCGUAUUGUGCGAAAGGGCUUUGAGAAUUCGGUGCCUCGUACCCCGGACGAGUUUGCUGCUCGAUGGAAAGCGAGCGAAGAGCGCAUGCAGCUUCUCGCCGAUAUUGACGCUUUCCAGGACGAAUUUCCAAUCGGUGGCAGCAAAUUGGAGGAAUUCAACCGUUCACGCGCCGCAGAAAAGGCCAAAGGCACCCGAGCUGGCUCACCUUACACCUUGUCAUACGCAAUGCAGAUUCGUCUGUGCCUUUCUAGAGGCUUUCUCCGCCUGAAAGGAGAUAUGAGCAUGACCCUUGCCACCGUUAUUGGCAACAGUAUCAUGGCCUUGAUUGUUUCCAGCGUUUUCUUCAACCUAGGUCCUACAACUGCCGAUUUUUUCUCUCGCGGUUCCCUGCUAUUCUUUGCCAUUCUGCUCAACGCCUUUUCUAGCUCCUUGGAAAUUCUAACCCUAUGGCAGCAACGCCCGAUUGUGGAGAAGCACUACAAGUAUGCGCUCUACCAUCCAUCGGCCGAAGCAAUCAGCUCCAUGAUUGUAGACUUGCCAGCCAAAGUCCUUGUUUCGAUUGUCUUCAACCUCAUCCUGUACUUUAUGACCCAUCUGCGACGGACCCCUGGGCACUUUUUUGUAUUCUAUCUGUUCUCAUUCACUACAACGCUCACCAUGUCCAACAUUUUCCGCUGGAUCGGUGCCAUCUCUCGGUCUAUGGCCCAGGCAAUGGUUCCUUCAUCAAUUUUCAUGAUGAUCCUCGUUAUCUAUACCGGGUUCACAAUUCCUGUGCGAGACAUGCAUCCAUGGUUUCGAUGGCUCAAUUACCUGAACCCUAUUGCUUACGCGUUUGAAUCUCUAAUGAUCAACGAGUUCAGCGAGAAGCAAUUCCCUUGCGCCUUGUACUUGCCCGCGGGUCCUGGAUAUGAGAAUGCCCCUCUAUCGUCAAAAAUCUGUUCCGGCUCUGGGGCUGUAGCUGGCCAAAACUACAUUGACGGCGACACGUACCUAAAUACAUCGUUUCGGUAUUUCCGCUCUCACUUGUGGCGGAACUACGGUAUCAUUUUGGGGUUCAUGUUCUUCUUUCUGGCGGCAUAUAUCGUCUGCAGUGAGUUUGUUCGAGCAAAACCUUCCAAGGGCGAGAUUCUCGUCUUUCCAAGAGGAAAGAUCCCUGCGUUUGCAAAGAAAAUCCACCGCGAUGAGGAAGUUGCACCAACAUCGGAGAAACAAGAGCUCGGUCAAGAAAAUCCUGACCACACCGCUGUUCUCGCGAAGCAAACCGCAGUUUUCCACUGGCAGGACGUCUGCUAUGAUAUCAAGAUCAAAGGGGAGAAUCGCCGGAUCUUGGACCAUGUUGACGGAUGGGUGAAGCCUGGAACUCUGACCGCGUUAAUGGGCGUGACUGGAGCCGGUAAGACUUCUCUUUUGGACGUUUUGGCCGAUCGUGUUACUAUGGGCGUGGUGACUGGUGAGAUGUUGGUGGAUGGACGCAUUCGAGAUGACUCGUUCCAACGCAAGACCGGCUACGUCCAGCAACAAGACCUUCACCUUGAAACAAGCACAGUUCGUGAGGCGUUGGUUUUCAGUGCACUGCUUCGUCAGCCAGCCAAUAUUCCACGAAAGGAAAAAAUUGCGUAUGUGGAAGAGGUUAUCAAGAUGCUUGGCAUGGAAGAGUACGCGGAGGCUGUUGUCGGUGUUCUCGGUGAAGGCCUGAACGUUGAGCAAAGGAAGCGCUUGACCAUUGGAGUGGAAAUUGCAGCCAAACCCGACCUAUUGCUCUUCUUUGACGAACCGACAUCCGGCCUCGACAGUCAGACUGCAUGGUCCAUUUGCUCUCUGAUGAGGAAGCUUGCAGACCACGGACAGGCCAUCUUAUGUACCAUUCACCAGCCUUCGGCUAUCCUCAUGCAACAAUUCGAUCGACUGCUAUUCCUGGCCAGGGGAGGCAAGACUGUAUACUUUGGCGAACUUGGCUCCAACAUGGAGACUCUGAUCAAGUACUUUGAAAAUAAGGGCUCUAUCCCUUGUCCCAAGAACGCCAAUCCUGCUGAAUGGAUGCUGGAAGUUAUUGGUGCUGCUCCAGGUUCUCAUGCCGACCGAGAUUGGUCAGAGGUUUGGAGCAAAAGCCCUGAAAGAACCGAGAUCCGCGAAGAGCUUGCCCGGAUGAAACAGGAACUGUCGCAGAAACCAGCACCUCCGAAGACAGUUGAAUAUGGAGAGUUUGCAAUGCCCCUCUGGUCGCAGUUCCUCAUCUGCCUCAAGCGGAUGUUUGAGCAAUAUUGGCGCAGCCCUUCGUACAUCUACUCGAAGGCCGCCAUGUGUAUUAUCCCCCCUCUGUUUAUUGGUUUUACUUUCUGGCGAGAGCCAAACAGUCUCCAAGGAAUGCAGAACGAAAUGUUUGCCAUUUUCAUGUUACUUAUCAUCUUCCCCAACCUGGUUCAACAGAUGAUGCCAUACUUCGUCACGCAACGUGCCUUGUAUGAAGUGCGGGAGCGGCCCUCCAAGGCUUACUCCUGGAAGGCUUUCAUGAUGGCGAGCAUCUGCGUCGAGCUGCCAUGGAAUGUGGUUAUGGCAAUCCCGGCCUAUUUCAGCUGGUAUUAUCCGAUCGGGUUUUAUCGCAAUGCAGAACCACACGAGGUCACCCGAGGCGGCACCAUGUUCUUGCUGAUUCUGAUCUUUAUGCUGUUCACUUCGACCUUUAGUUCUAUGAUCAUCGCGGGAAUUGAGCAUCCUGAUACUGGUAGCAACAUUGCCCAGCUUAUGUUCUCGCUGUGUCUGAUUUUCAAUGGUGUAUUGGCGUCUCCAAAUGCUCUUCCCGGUUUCUGGAUUUUCAUGUAUCGAGUCUCGCCGUUUACGUACCUCGUCUCCUCGGUACUAACCACGGGGUUGUCUGGAGCCGAGGUGCACUGCUCGAGCAUUGAGCUACUGAAUAUUCCACCCCCGGCGGGCCAGAACUGCUCUGCUUAUCUGGGGCCGUAUGUCGACAUGAUCCAUGGCACAUUGCUCAACCCAGCUGACACGACACAAUGCCAACUGUGCACGGUCUCGACGACAGAUCAGUACCUAGAAAAUCUGGGCAUGAACCCCAGCGACCUGUGGCGCAACGUGGGGAUCCUGUUUGUGUAUGUGGUGUUUAAUGCUUUUGCAGCGGUGUUUUUGUACUGGUUGAUCCGGGUGCCGAAGAAAAAGUCACACAAGUGAGGAUGAGUCUGCUUUCUUUCCUGUCUUGAUAUCUUAAUCUAUUCGGGAUGUCCACUGUGGCUAGGAUCCAUUUUGUCUUGAUAUCUUAAUCUACUCCGGAGGUCUAGGAUGGAUCCAUCAAUUAGAUCUAGAUAAU